AUGUUAUUCUCAACAAUUGGGUUUGCAAUUAUUUGGCUGUGUGCGGUGGAUGCGAAGAACCAAGACGGCUCAACUUCAUAUGAUUUUGUUAUUGUUGGCGGAGGUACUAGCGGGUUGGUCGUUGCUAAUAGACUUUCAGAGAUGAGUGGUUUCACCGUGGCAGUGAUCGAAGCUGGAGAUUCAGUCCUCAAAAAUGUUAACGUUUCUACCGUAACCGGCUACGGGAAAGCAUUUGGGACAGAGAUCGACUGGGCCUACCAAACUGAAGACCAAACAUAUGCAGGAGGAUCGAAGCAAAUUAUGCGUGCUGGAAAAGCCAUUGGUGGUACAAGCACUAUAAACGGGAUGUCGUACACUCGAGCGCAAAAAGUUCAAAUUGAUGCCUGGGAACGGGUCGGAAACAAGGGUUGGAAUUGGAACAACCUUUUCACAUACUAUAAGAAGUCAGAAGAGUUCCAGGUCCCCACAUCAGAACAAGUUGCUCAUGGCGCCGAUUAUUACAUCGCCUAUCAUGGGGAACAUGGCCCGCUCAAAGUCGGCUGGCCUCGAGCGAUGACAAACAGCAGCGCGUUACCUAAUGUUGAUGAGACGUUCCAACAACUGGGCCUUCCCUACAAUAGGGAUUGUAAUGGUGGUAGCAUGGUGGGACUCACGGUCCAUCCCAAUACCGUUGACAGCGAGGCCAAUGUUCGCCAUGAUGCAGCCAGAGCUUACUAUUGGCCCUACCAAAAUCGUCCUAAUCUCAAACUGUUAUCAAACACUUCCGCGAACAAGAUCAUAUGGGCAAGCAAUUCCAGCAGCGAGGCCGUUGCAAUUGGAGUUGAAGUUACCGGGGUCAAUGGAGUUGAGACGAUAUACGCUUCAAAGGAAGUAAUUCUCUCGGCUGGGUCCCUCAAAUCACCUAUGCUUCUGGAGCUCUCUGGUAUUGGAAAUCCCGAAAUUCUCCGUCAGCUUGACAUUCCUAUCCAAGUCAACCUUUCCGCUGUUGGUGAGAACUUGCAGGAUCAGACCAACAAUGGGUUCUCUUAUGAAGGGAACGAGUUCUGGCUUGGUUCGCCGACCUUUUCUGUUCUACCAUCAGCUGGUCACAUAUUUGGUGACAAUAUUCUUGCUGUUGCAUCUCUUGUCAACUCAAGCCUCGCAGAAUAUGCAAAGAAAGUAUCGGAACGCUCCAACGGUGCCGUCCAAGAAGCCAAUGUUCUAGCUGCUUUUCAACUUCAGCACGAUCUAAUAUUCAAAUCACAAGUUCCAUACGCGGAGAUUGUGUUGCUUCCUAUCGGAAACUCAUUUCACAGUGAAUACUGGCCUCUUCUUCCUUUCUCGAGAGGAAGUGUUCACAUAAAGUCCACAAACGGCUCCCAACCUCCUUCUAUCAAUCCCAAUUACUUUAUGUUUGGACAGGAUCUUAAAGCUCAUGCUGAUGUGGGUCGAUAUAUCCGCAAGGCAUUCAGUACCGCCCCCUUGAGCAACCUUGUGGGAGAAGAAUUGGCACCAGGACAGAAUGAUGUUCCAGAAAAUGCCUCAGACUCUAUAUGGGAGGAUUGGGUUAAGUCAAGAUAUAGAUCGAACUUCCACCCAGUUGGCACAGCCAGCAUGCUGCCUCGGGAUAAAGGUGGCGUUGUCGACUACAAGCUUAGGGUUUACGGGACUAAAAAUGUUCGAGUGGUUGACGCUUCUGUCCUGCCUUUCCAACUUUGUGGUCACUUGACCAGCACCCUUUAUGCCGUGGCCGAGAGAUCGGCUGACCUGAUUAAGAAGCGAUAUAUAUUUUAG